GGGCCGUUAUCUUCACUAUUAAUGCACUUUUUCGUUGAUAAGUUGAGUCAACAAAUGAUUCAAAUUAUGUGCAAAUAAGAGCACAAUUUAUAUGCAAUCGAUCACUACUACUGAUGGCUGAAGUGAAUUACACGGCGAGUACGGCGUCGGCCAACGGCGACGAAUCACUAGAACCGUCGGUCGAGAUAUUAGACCCGAGAAUAACCAGUAGUUCCCACUCUAAUGACAAACACAGCGAAGAUAGCGAUGAGGAGAAAAAGGUUUCCAACCGCCCUUCAAGGGACGCGUGGAGACAACAAAGAUUACCGGCGUGGCAGCCAAUAUUAACAGCGGACACAGUAUUGCCGGCAUUUUUUCUUCUCGCAAUUGCUUUAAUACCGAUCGGCGCCGGACUUCUCGUUUCGUCAAAUUCUGUCAAAGAAUUUGUAUAUGAAUACACUGACUGUAUUUCAACUGAUGGUAAAACUAAAUGCUCUGAUAUUAUUGGGAAAAGCAUGAACGGGACAUUUAAAUUUGGGAAAAAGAAGUGGAGGGGAAAUAAGAUAAAAUGCGAGUGCAUUCACAACUUUACGAUAGACACUCCAUUUGAUGCCCCGGUAUUCCUAUACUACGGUCUCUCCAACUACUAUCAGAACCACCGGCGAUACGCCAAGUCCAGAGACGACACCCAAUUGGCCGGCAAACAGGCCAACCAUAUCAAAGAUUGUCAUCCAUAUGAUUACGAUAAAAACAAUCGACUUAUAGCGCCCUGCGGUGCGAUCGCUAACUCCCUGUUCACCGACACGUUUCAGCUCUAUUAUCGGCCGACUGACAGCAACUAUGAACCCAUAGAUUUGGCCCAAACGCACAUCGCUUGGCCCACAGACAAGGAGUACUUGUUUAACAACCCGAAGGACGGCUUUGACAGCAAAAUAGGACGUCCGCCCCUUUGGACGAAGAAUAUCGACGACUUGGACCCAAACCAUCCCAUCAACAACGGCUACGACAACGAGCACCUGAUUGUGUGGAUGCGAACGGCAGCCUUUCCCACGUUUCGCAAACUGUGGGCGCGUAUAGACCACGACCAGAAUAUGCUGUGGAGGCAAUCACUACCGGCCGGCAGUUAUCAACUCAAAAUCCAAUACAACUAUAGGACCCACUUUGACAGCUAUACGGCCGGAAAAUAUGUGUAUAUAUCCAACACCUCAUGGCUUGGGGGCAAAAAUGUAUUCCUCGGCUACGCUUAUAUAACCGUCGGUACCAUUUGUUUUAUAUUAUGGCUUUCAUUCCUGAUAUUAGUCAAGAAAUACGGACAAAAGCCCAAAGAUAUUGUGGACAUCGGAAAGAAGACUAAAUAUAUGUUCACAAAACCCAAACCCGUAGACUCUGGCGAUGAAUCGACACAACCGUUGAACACAAACAAUCCUACGGUUACUUUCAGUCAAAGCCAA